AUGGGAUCCUCAGAGAAUUUAAGUUCUGGAGCUUCCUGUUUUGCUGAUUGUGUUGGACACAGUGCAUCAUACUUCCCCCAAAGAGCUAGAUAUAGCUACAGGUAUUCAUCAGUCACCAACACGUUCCUGCAGGAGAGUAUUUAUAAAAGCAGUGGCAUCUCUUUGGAGAGCACGGUGGUCACUGAAGUAUUGGGAAACUGCCAGAUGGUUUUGAAAGUGCAAGAUGUACAGCUCAAGAAAAGUCUUGCAACCAGAGAAGAGUCUCUGAAGGAAAUGGACAGUCUAAGGGAAGUACUAGAACAACAUCCUCUUCACUUUUCUUUCCAUGAAGGGAAAGUUCUGAAGCUCUGUCCUGUAAGGAGUGAACAGACUUGGGCACUGAACAUAAAGAGAAGCAUCCUCAGUGUCCUGCAGACGUCACACGCAUCCACUGCUCGUGCUGUCAUUGAAGAGGUGAGACUCUUGGUAAAGUCAUGCUCUAGGUUGGCUGUUAGCCUUUGUCCUUUUAAUUUGAAGAGACUAAGGACCAGGUUUGCAGUUCGUAUCAGUAUCUUUUCUUCUCAGUCUGAGCAGCAGAUCCUGUCUUCUAAACUGGAAUGUGUUCAGAGCUUUAAGGAUAGAGUCCUGGCAGAAGCCAAAUGUACUGAAUCCAACCUUGUUGCACCAUUCUCUCAGAAAGGUGGCAGGGCAAAGACAGAGACUCAGUCUUCGUUGAAAUUCUUUCAAGUGGAAGCAGAAACACUGUACAAAAAAGUGGACUCCAAGGAUUUGUAUAUGACCAGCAUGAUCUAUGAAAGGGAACAAACCAAGAAGGAGGUCACUGGGAAGGAAGUGACUGAACUAUUGUGGAAGCUUUGCCUAGCACAUAGUACGAGUUUUGAGACUGCGGACCUUUUCAUGACUCUUGUCCAGCCCUUAAUAGAUGCUCUCCCAUCUUGUGCUACAGAAGCAUGUGUUAUCCUAAUGAAAGAAAUUAUAGCUUGCAGAGAAGUUGAGGAAGACAAAAUGGAAUAUUUCUUCUGGUCAUUUUCAUUCAUUCAUAAGCCCACCUCGGGCAUGACUGAAUCUCUCACUCCUUUGCUGAAGUCAUCAGGAGCAAGCCAGAGCUCAUUCUUAGGAGUAACUGCUCUCUUACAUAGGUUUUGUUCAGCUCACAGCUCCUGUGAUGGUAUGCCUGCUGUGCAGAGUGUGAUGAAGACACUUGGAGAAUUUUUGGGAGGAAACUGCACCGUGCAAGAUUCAGAAGGUUUGAGCCAGAUGUAACUGGUUCUAAAAGCAAUUGGAAAUGCAGGAUUGGCAGCAGCUUCACUUGUUUCUGUUUUGAGCCUGUGUGCUUCCCUCCAAAAUAAUCCAACUGAAAUUCGUGUAGCUGCUAUCCAAGCAUUCAGACAUAUUCCCUGUUCUGUCAGGGUAAGUAAUUUAUUGCCAGCAGGCAAAUGGUGGCUUCCUGGUACAGUCCCAGAGUUUGGACUUUCUGGAAUAGGUAAGAAACACGGGAAAGAGAUCCAGCUUAAUAAAAGGCUUAGUUUGGCCACGGAAGAAUUGCAGUUUCCAGUAAUUUCAGGCUUUCCUGUUCAACUGGUAAUCAAUGCCUCAGCAGAAAUCAAUGUUAAAAUGAAAGGCAAUGCAGAUUUCAAAGAACAGUCAAAUCUCUUUGUAAAUGGCUAUAUCAAGCCAAGUGCAUUUAUCCAGAUUUCUGUUCAAAUGGGAACUGUGGGGACUGUUGGACAAGCUGGCCUAAGCUGGUUAACAGGUAUAAGGACAUCUACUAGUCUUGAUGGGGGAAUCCAGGUUAAAAAAGGGCAAGAGCUCAAAAUUGUUUUCAACACCCCAGAAGACUCUAUGGAGAUAAUUAAUUUCAGCUCUAAACUCUUCUUCACAAUGGUGGAUGAGACUGAAUGUGUUGAUAUUUUCCAAGACCACACAGGAAGCAAAUCUUGUACUGGGAGGGAAGUGUUCAACAGUUGUUUUCCACUAGUGUCUGAGUUUAUUGGUUGGCAGCUGUGUUCUGAAAUGUCAUAUCCUGACCCAGCUAGUGCUUUGCUUUAUCCUCUUGCUGGACCUUCAAGAGUGGCUGUCACAUUAACUAAGCAAGACAGAGGCCUACAGCAGUACACUGUGGAAGCUGCAUAUAACUAUGUUCCUCAGGAGGAUUCAUGGAUCCCAAGUGAAGCUGUCCUUCACUUCUUCAUUGGGACUCCAAAAUCAGAAUUGAAAAGGGCUGUUGGUGUUGACUUAAACUUUAAUGUCCCACAGAAGAAAUUUAGAAUCCAAUUCAUACAAUUAAAGAAAAAAAUUGAGAUUGAUGGUAGGUUUUUUCACCUAAGAACCAGAUCAUCAAAUGGUGCCCCGUCGAUGGUUUCGGCGGUGUUUGAUGCAGAGACUUGGGAAAAUGCUGGGACAACUCUAGGGGACGCUGUCUCUGGGGGAGAUGUAACAGCUGCUGAGGUGAUGACGACCUGGCACUUCGCAACUGAGACACUGAGAUCAUGGCAAGUGGAAGAAAGGGUACAGACAGGCUACUCAGGCAGUGAAAUAAAAAGCGGUGACUGCGUGCCGCCAGAGAAAGCAAACCUGACAGACUUGGGAAUAGAGGCAGAGACGAUAUCCCAACCCAUAGCGGCCACUCUGCGCUCGAUGCAAUUGCGGCUAUCAGCGCCGCUGCCCGCCCCGCUGUCAGCUCCGGGCGCCCGCUUGCCCGCCCCACUAAAUGAGAAAGCAUGGUUUACAGGAAAAAGACGGAUUUUCAUUCUUCAGGUUCACCUGAAACAUGAUGUGAAUGCAUCUUGGCUUUCCUUCCAGAUGAAAGUGAGCUAUGGGAAACGCUGGAACAAAAUAAACAAUAAGAAGAAACUACUGAUCAGCCAAACAUUUAAGAAUAGUUCCAGUUUUUCACUAGUCAACUAUUUCAUGGAGUUUACUGUGCAAGCUGUGGAAAAGCAAAUGAAUUAUAGAACCCAGCUGCAGCACUUGCACAGCUCUCAGGGUUAUUUGCAGAGCAGCACCCACUUUAAAGUGCAGUAUGAUGACCGCAUGCCAUUUUUGGCUGGACUGCAAUGGAAAGAUGUAUCCAGAAAUGGCCUGAAGAAGUGGGAAGGGGAAUUAAGUAUGGACACCCCAUGGUUAUAUCUGCAUGCGGCUCACAAAAUACAUCAGCCUCAGCAUUCUGCUUAUUCAUUGACUACAGAACUGACAACUAGCAAAGUUCACUCCAUUAAGAAUCUUGUAGUGGAACUAUUCUGUAAAGACCAAGGCAAUGAAAAGGAGGGGAAAGGGAAAUUUCACAUUUACACACCAGCAACCACAUACCUGCAGGCCUCCACAUUUAAUCAUCUUGAGAGAAACAUUCUGCACAGCUAUACUGAAAUGGUAUCUUUGUGGAAUCAGCUUGUGAAGAAUGAGAUUCAUUUGGAGAACAAUGAACAAGCCAAAUUUCUUUGCUUUAAGAUAAAGAGCACAAAACACGAUUUUAACUUCACAGCCAGCUAUCAGAAUCUGCCAAUGCCUAUGAAGACAAACUUCUCUGUGAAGGCUGUAUGGACAGAUUAUAAUAGUCUGCCUAAAAUUCUUCAGUUUGAAAGUCAGGUAGAAGAGCUGAAGAAGGAGAAGAUGCUCUAUCAAAAACGUGGAACUGUUUAUUUCAGGUUCAGUAGUUUCAUUCCAAUCUCUGAAGAAAAUUUUGGCCUAUAUUUAAUGUGUAUCUUGAUGCCCUUGGGAAAAGGUUCUGGGCUUUACAUGAUGAAUGUGUCACAUGCACAAAGCCCAUCUUUCCCAUCUGUCUCUGCAUUUCGUCUUUUAUGGUUUCUUCAUUCCUUGUUGUGCUCCAGGCAACCUUUUAAACCGCCGAUUUUGCAGACCUUUCUUCUGCAGGAGACAUUUGCUGUUGACAAACAGCAAAAGCACUACUUCUUGGAAACAACAGUUUUGAUAAAUGGGCUGGAGGUCAUACAAACUCUUAUACUUGGCUACCAACCUGAAACCCCCUAUGUGAAGCAUGAGGUUGAGAUUACCUUGAAAGUCAACAAGCAAGAUGUUCUCAGCUUUCUGGGAAGAUACCAGGACAAAUCCAGUGAUGUAGACUUCAGACAUCUUUUACUCGUGAAUAUGAUGCACUCAUUCCAGCUUGAGUAUCCACAAGCAAUGGGCCUAAGUGGGGAGCUAUUUUCUAGGCAGACCAAACCAGAACACUUUGAUUACAGUGUGAACAUAAAAGCCAUCAUCAACAAGACUGUGUCUUCACAGAUGGCUCUCUUUUCUAAUGGAAAGGAUGGGCUAAUGCUGGAAGUUGAUAUGAACAAAGAAAAUAGAAAGAAUGCUAGAGGUGUUGAACUGACUGCUUUCCUCCACCAGGCAAUCCUUACAAACCCUGAAUCAGUACAGCUCCAGCUCAUGUGCAAAAAGUUUCCAUCAAGACUUCUGAUAUCUUCUGUGAUAAAAUUUAAUGAGAGUGGGCUUCAUGUGGAUUUCAUGGGAGCCAGACAGCAGAAAGUUGGUUUUGUCUUGUCCCUAAAUGGAAGAGUCCAACACACAUUUUCUGGAUUCAAGACUAUACCUCAUCUCCUUUCUCUGAAUGGAUUACUAAAGCACAAACAACGUAACAUCAAUUUGAUGAUCAACAAUGCACUGUAUGGAUUCCAUCUCAGGAGCAUAAAUGUGUUUGGGAAUACCACCAUACGCAGUAUCACUUUCACUAUGUUUCAGAAUGGCAGUCAGGCAAUCCCAGUGGAAGCAAAACUGAAAGUACACCUGGAGCUGAGUAAAGAGAUGAAAAGAGGUCUAGUUAGCUUCCACAUGGAUGAGAAGGCCCUUUUUGUAGAUUUUUUCCAAAGUCAUGAGUCAUUUUUUCAGUACAAUGACAACCCAGCAGUGUUGAUUUUGUUUCCUUCCCUGUCAAUAAGAUUGCCCUUGGAUGGCAUUCUCACCAUGAUAUAUGAACACGGAACAGGAAAUCACACCAUUACUGUAGUCCUACAGAGUGGCAGUGAAAGAAUUUCCGCUGUGUUUGGAGGUCACAGACUGUCCAUAGAACCUCCUAAAUCCCAUCUGUCUGUGAGCUUAAAGCACAACAUCACAAAGAUAAAGAAACAUGGGAUCCCUUUUAUUGUGGAAUUAGCUGGCUAUUAUGAGGUAGAUGUGUUUUUUCAAGGAAUAAAUGUUACUCAAGAAAGAUAUAUGCAUAUUGCAGCUGGAGAAACAUCAAUCACAUUCAUAAUAAACUCUUACUAUGUUGGUCACCAAAUGGAUAUAUUUUGCCAGAGUGUACAUAAUAAUGAGAUGCUACAGGCAUCUGGCUACCCUAGGGCAAUCAGUUUGAUUCUCGAUUUACAGAAAAACAAAACCAAGACUAUCUGUGAAGUCCAAUAUGAUGACAAAGAUAUAACCAUGAAUAUGGAUGUUGAUACUGGCUUUGAGCUCUAUGGUUUAUUUGAAUUCAUGGCAGAGGUGAAACAUUCAAUAUCACGUCAUCAUCUAGGACUCCCCUACUUCCUUCAGUUAAAAAGUCUUCCAGUGCAGCUUGUGUUCAUGACAGUUUACCAAAAAGGCAAUAGAACACGUAUGCUGAGGCAAAUUGCUCUGUGGGAUGGAGAGGUAAAGAUAACAAGCACUUACACUGGACUCUUUCCGAAGUUACAUGGAGGUCAUGACAUUCAGAGUAGGUUUCUAAAUUCUUUUGUUGAUAGCAGACUAUACAAUAAACUAAGUCAUAUAAACCUGAUUCUAAAAUCCAUAUUCAAAUUGUCUCAGUCCAGGCCUUACAAGAUCUUAUUUGCUUCAAAUUCUAGAAAUCAAUUCCUAUAUCCUGAUAAAUUUCAGUUAGAAGCUGUUAUGGAAAAUAUUUUCCUGACCUCAUGCACCAAACAGAAUAUUCUGGGUAAAAUAGAAACAAACUAUUCAUCUUGCCUGGACUAUUACAUGAGCUUUGAGUUCUGCGACAUUCCAAAUGUAAUCGUUUUCUCUGGAAAACACCAGCUCAACAAAGGAGACAUUUUGCAAUCAGAGAGCAGAUUCUACUUUUCUGAUCAAGGGAGAGAUGAGAGAUUGAUUGGAGUAUCCUUAAAAAAUCAGACCACAGCUGAUGUGAAAAACUAUUCUCUGGAAAUUGAAUUAAAAGGCUCUGAAGACACUUGUCUAGGCCUGACAGGAACUGCUACUUCCUCAGCUGUUCAGAGCCGAAUCCCGGUGGAGGGGAUUAUUGAUCAAAAAGAGAAAGUAAAAGUAGCUGCUUCUAAAGGAAAGGAGUGUUUGCAGUACUACGUGGGGUAUUUGAAAGGUACGUACCUUCAGAGCUAUCAAUGGUAUGAAGAGGCAGGAAGAAAGGGGAUCUGGAAGAAGGAAGUCAGUGCUUGUACUGAUGGGCAACAGAUGGCUGCCAUUAAUAGCUAUCUCAACAUUAAUGGUGAAAGGCAAGAAAACAUGGGACAAAUUACUCUAACAGCUGUUAAUGAAAGAUUAAAUUUUCUGGCUCAUGGAUGCAGGGACCUAAUUCUUAAGGCUGAGGACAAAAUUAAUGAAAUUGGGAGCAUGCUCAAAGCCAGACUGAUUGAGAAGAUAAAGAAGCUUGAUGGAUAUAUCUGGAGACUCCAGAGAUCUAUCGAUUUUCUGUCUGAAGCAGCUGGCUGGCCUUCAAUAGCCUCACAAAAGAUAGCAGGAUUGCUCCACGGUGUGGGUAGAGCUUUCACCCAAGUGUGGAAGCAAAGUGGAAUCAAGCAGAUUCUAAGAAGCAAGCUCCCACUUUACCUGAAUAAAAUUCAAGAUGCUGUCCAGCAAAUGCAGAAUGAAUUGCAAAACCCAUUAGCAACUUUGAAAGAUGCCUACUAUGAUGUAACCUUGAAGCCACUGGAUGAAGUUUGGCAGAAGACAGAAGAGUACGUGAAAAAUGUCCAGGCAUUUUUGCCCAGGAUUAUAAAUGAUGUUUGGCUAAUGGAGCCAAUCCAGAUGGCAUUAAGGACUGUUAAAACAGGCUUGGAUAUGACCACACAGCAGAUGCUCAGGUGGGCAGAGGCCAUGGUUUCUAGAGCUGUGAGCAGGAUCUGGAAGCCCUUAUUCAACCUUUACAGCUUUUCAGCCAGGAACUGUUCAGUGGCAGUGAAACUGCCAGUACUUCCUAAAGCAUACUGCUCCCUGGAUCUGGCAAGUAUUACUAAUUAUCUCAUUGAAGAAAAGCUAAUGAGGCCUCUCAAAGAUCUCUACAACAUCAGUGUUGUUGCAGAGUAUUACAGAUUCAAACGAAGGAUGAUGGAGAGUCCCUUUGAACGUAAGCCCUUUCAAAGUGAUGCUUUUGUGAGCAAGUGCAGUCUCACACAGAAGAAAGUGAAGCCACGUGCAAUUACAGAUAAGGAAAAAGUCUGUAAGGAGUUUUUUGAAGAAGCACAUUCUUGUCUCAGGAACUGCUUCAAAGUUGUGGACCCCAAACAAUUCUAUAUUACGUGUAUAUAUGACAUGUGUGAAUCAAAGAAGUUGAAGGCUGCCUGCAGUUUAGCAGCAGCUUUUGUUCAUUUGUGCAACCAAAAUUUUGUUCCUGUGGAAAUUCCUCCUCAGUGUGAAACGAUCUAUCCUCUUUAA